AAAUUCAGAAAUACCAAACUCAUCAAGUACAACAAUGAAUGCUGUAACGUCAACGGAAACCACAACGUUUGUUCUCAGUCGAGAAAUGGUGAUUCUGAUGGUGGGAAUUGGAGUGGUGGAAGUGACGAUAAUUUUUGUGGGAAUUCUAGCAGUCAAGCGAUUUAGACAGAAUAAGAACAACACGACAAGACGCAGUAAAGAAAAUGUCGGUCGACCUGUUUCUAGAAAGACAGUCUGUAGUAUUGAUAACGUAUAUGCCACGAUUCCAGAGGAGGAAUUCGAAGAGAAUCCAUAUAAGGAUCUAUCUGAAGGGGUGUAUGAUACAACCUCAAAACGAAGAUAUCAUGUCAAUAGUAGCCGGAACGAAUAUUCCAGAGGAAGUUUUUAUUCUCGUUUGUUUCGAAGUUCAAAAAUAAGCGGAAGAAGUUCAGUACAGGAAAUGCAUCCAAUGUUUUCAACAUUCCGAGACACGAAAAAGGAAACAAAGUAAUUUGUUUAAUCUCAGAUAAC